AUUUUCUGACAUUAUAUAUUCACUCCAAAGAACCUUAUCCUUUACUCUCACUGGCAUGGCUUCCGCAACCCUCCAAUUCCUGUCAUCCCCUUCUCUUCAUCAUCAAACUCAUUUCAAUCCAAAUUAUCAAGCCUCACAAUUGCUCUUUCAAAUCCAACCCAGAAAGCAACUUUCCAUUAAAUGCUCUGUUCGAUUUCCCAAGCCCGAUCCCUCCUCCAGCACACUGAACGAUCCAGAAACAUUCCCAAUUGAGAAGAGAAGAAGAUCUGAAAUUCUCAGAGAAAGAAGAAAGCGAAGUUCGGAGCUUUCAAAAGCAAAGCCUCCAAACUUUGAAAUUGGAUGGAAGAGGACAAAAGAGAUCAAAGUGGAGAAACCAAUAGGGUAUGUAAUUGCAGAUUUCUUGGAGAAACUUGAGGGGCUGAUGGGGAAAGAGUUUGGAUCCACUGAUCUUUUGGCAAAAGCAGGGGAGAUAGUUGCAGAGAGAGCCAGAGAAGAAGCAGAGGUUCUGAGGGAUGAAGGGAAAGUGGAAGAGAGAAUGGUGACUGAGCUUUUUAGGGUAUUGAAGCUCAUGGAAAUGGAUUUGGCUAUGGUCAAGGCUGCCGUGAAGGAGGAGACCGUGAGUGAAAGGCUUCAACAGGCCAAGGCUAGGUGCAGGCAAGCCAUUCUUGUUGCUUACUCUUUCUGAAAAUCUUCUUUCUACUUUUCAGUGGACCAAAAAAGAACACACAGAAUGUCAGCGGUCCAGCAUUCAGUUAAAUAUUUUUCGAUUUUUCCUUUGUAUUGUUCUGAUAGUCGAAACUUUAAUUAAUCUCAUCUUAACUCUAA